CUGGCCAGGCUUCAUAACGGGACUCUCUCACACGGCUUCAUCCUGCUGCACACUGAGGGAUUUCACUAUGGCCUUGGUUUCAGAGUUCUUGGGCCAGCUGACGCUAAAUUUUGGAGGGGAGAGUGAGCCCAAAUUCCCCACGGUGGUGGCAGCUGAUAAUUUUGAUCCAGCCAAGGAUGCUGCCAGGAUAGAAACAGCCAUCAAGACCAAGGGGGUGGACGAGCAGACCAUCAUUGACAUCCUGACCAGACGAAGCUACUCCCAGAGGCGGGAUGUCGCCUUCGAGUAUGAAAAGAGAUCCAAGAAAGAUCUGAUCACUGCUCUGAAGGGAGCUCUGUCUGGCUGCCUUGAGGCUGUGAUUCUGGGUCUGAUGAAGAAUACAGCUCAGUAUGACGCCACAGAGAUCAGAGCCUCCAUCAAGGGUCUGGGCACCGAUGAGGAGACGCUAAUUGAGAUGCUCUGCUCCCGCAGCGCGGCUGAACUUCUGGAGAUCAAACGUGUCUACAAGGAGAUGUUCAAGAAGGAUCUAGAUAAGGAUGUGGCCGGAGACACAUCUGGGGACUUCAGAACGCUGCUGCUGGCCCUGGUCCAGGCCAAGAGAGAUGAGCCCUCAAACAUCGUUGACUACGAGAAGAUUGACGAUGAUGCCAGAGCUCUGUAUGAGGCAGGAGUAAAGAGGAAGGGCACUGAUGUAGCCACAUGGAUCAGCAUCAUGUCGGAGAGGAGUGUGCCCCACCUCCAGAAAGUGUUUGACAGGUACAAAAGCUACAGUCCGUACGACAUGAAGGAGAGCAUCAGGAAGGAGGUCAAAGGUGACCUGGAGAAAUCAUUCCUCACCCUGGUGGAGUGCUUUGAGAACAAACAGCAGUACUUUGCUAACAGACUGAGUGAAGCAAUGAAGGGCAAAAGUGCCAAGGAGAAGGUGGUGACCAGAAUCAUGGUGUCUCGCUGUGAGGUUGACCUCAUGAAGAUCAGGACGGAGUUUAAGAGACUGAACCAGAAGUCCCUGUAUCAGACUAUCGCUGAACACACCAAAGGGGAUUAUCAGAAGGCUCUUCUGAGUCUGUGCGGAGGAGAUGACUAGACCAACUGUCACUAACUGUCGCCUUGUCCCAUGAACCCUCUGGAACAAGGCUUAGGAUAAAUUCUGUUUCAAUUCAGUAAACUCACAAAGUGAAUUUAUCCUCAUUUAACGAUUUGUCAAAUCAUUCUGAAACAAAUGCAGGGAUUGAAAAUGUAAUUGACCUGGACUUUGGGUGGCCGGUGAAUCCUAUUAAGAAAUCAUCUCUAUUAACAAAGGCACAAGGCAUUUGCUGUGUCUGAGAUUGCAUCUUAUUUCCUAAAGCGCAGGAUUUUGGGGAUUUUUGACUAGAAAGGUGGAAGAUGUUCAGAAAGUUUCACCAGUUCCUAGUUUAGAUGCCUGUCCAAAAAAAGUUUUUACAAAAAUCAUGCUUUUGGGUCCUGUAAUUUCUCCUGUAAAUCACUGUGGAUUAAAAAUGUUAAUCACUAGAAAGGGAAUAGGGUGCCAUUUUAGACACAGACAUUAAUAAGCACUGGUGUCUUCAGCCACCGUAUUGUACAGGCUCUCAACAACCAGUUCACCAACAGUGUUAUCAUGCAUUCACGUCAUGUCUAAAUGACCAGUGAAAUCCAGAGAAAAUUCUAGGAACAUUCACAUGCUCUGAGCUAAGAAGGAACGAAAAAAAAAAAACGCAAAUAAGCAAUUUUAGGCUACCAAGCUAGUCCAACUAGUUUGUCCUACUACAUAACAUGUUGCUCUAGCUAGCGUUUUAAUAACUUUUGUUAUUUGGUGCUGAUAAAGAACAGACAGUAUAUGUAAAUAACAUAAACACAUUCCUGACUUCAAUCAAGAAUAUACUGUUCUUAAAAAAGAGGUUCACAUACUUUUUUCAGAGGAUCACAUACUUUUUUUUCGAAAGAAAGGUAGUAAAAUAUGUUUCCCAUAUGAUGAGAAUGCGGGGUUAAGGUCAAUAUUUAGUUUUGGAUGUUUAAAAACUGACUGCAUACUAGUUUUUAUGAAUCAUGACACACUCCCAGAAACACCAGAAUUGACAGUAAAGGUUUUUCUGCAAUGUUUUUUAAUGAAAUUAAAACAUGUAUGUUAAAAUG